AGCAAGAAUUUAAAUUACAAUCUGCCCAAGAAUGAGAAGGGUGGGAGACAACCCCCUUAGCAUGGCAAUGCAAGGUCUUGCAUGGGCGGGGACAGUCUGGGCAGAGAGCGAGGCUGGAUAUGUGCUAGCACAGUGCGAUGCAUCCCUCACGUGCAAUCGGAAGGGUGCUGAGCACUCACCAGAGCUGAGCGGGGGAGGAGGUGGCUAGAAGGGCGAUGAGGUUUGGCGAGACAUCUUGCAAAUCAGCUAUGAGAAUGAGUUACCUCUGGACACUAGCUCAGGCUGCACAAGGGGCUAACGAUACUCAGGUGACAGACUCAGAGCCACACGCAGCAAACAUGCUUGACAGUCUUGUUACUCUGGCUGGAGCAGGCAUUGCAGCAGGCGUGGCAUUCAUUGGGAUCCCGGUAGUAGUCGGGGCAGCAGGCUUUACUGGAGCAGGCAUUGCAGCUGGGACACUUGCUGCCAAGAUGAUGUCAGCAGCGGCCAUAGCCAACGGAGGAGGGGUAGCUGCUGGAAGUACUGUGGCAGUGCUGCAAUCCAUUGGUGCCGCAGGCCUCCCUGCAGCUGCCAAAGCUGUGAUCGUAAGUGUUGGGGCAGCAGCUGGUGCCUUACUUUGAAAGCCCAACUGCUCUUUUACGCUCUGGAAGACACACUGAUUCGUCUGCUGCAGUUUCUCAAUUGCACCAUCAGGCUAAUGCAACAAGUAGCAAGUUAGAGAAAUGGCUUCGUAGUUGAAUACAAAAGCAAGUGGCCUGUAGAAACUGUUCCCACACAUCUGUUGCUUGUUCUACCUUCUCAACAACAGACGUCGAGUUCUGUUGGGAUUCUGGCUGAAUUAUUGCUGUUGGCUGAAAUGUGACAAAUCAAUAAACUUUUGCAAAUUUAAAUGC